ACCACUGCUUACCGUAUAUUAUAUCUGUGUCUUUCACCCUCUCUUUAGUCUUUAUAAAAAUUCUCAUGGCUUCCCUUCUGACAACUUCAGCCACGUUACUUGUUUCUGCUGCUCCCUUCGCACCCAAAUGCACAUCCUCCACUUCCACGCUCGUCACCAGCUCCUCCUCCUCCAUGGGUGGUCUGCGACUUGUGCCGAAGAUCCAGAUUUCAUAUGCUGCAGCAGCAAACAGAUCAUUACCAAGUUCUCAUCGUUUCAAGACUGCAACAAUAUCAUGCUCCGCCGCUAAACCAGAGACUCUGCAGAUUGUUCAAAGCACAAUUGCCAAGCAACUAUCGAUUGAUGAAACUGCUGUGGCCCCUGGAAUUAAAUUUGCUGACUUAGGUGCCGAUUCACUCGACACUGUUGAGAUCAUGAUGGCGUUGGAAGAGAAGUUUGGGGUGUCUAUCGGGGAAGGGGGCGCUGAGAACAUUGCAACCGUUCAAGAUGCAGCUGACCUGAUCGAAAAAGUGAAGGCUGCCUCAGCCUAAGAGCUCUCAGCAGUGCAAGAUAUUGUUGAAACAUUAUAUCGAUACUCCAGAAAAGUGUUUUCAUGUACAUCUAAAUUUUCCUGUUUGAGAAAGAUCUAUAAUAAAUGCAAUUUCCUUC